AUGUGCGAAUCAGAGAACAUGACAAAAUCCGAUUUAACGGGUUCGAAAGACAUUUUCCGUGUAGGCGUGCGCGUUCCGCCAUUUUGGCCUGAAAAACCCGCGAUUUGGUUCGCGCAAAUAGAAGGCCAAUUCGCAAUAUCGAACAUUACGGCGGACACAACAAAGUUUUUCUACGUCGUCAGCCACCUCGAUCCAAGAUAUGCAUCCGAGGUGGAGGAUAUCAUAGUGAGCCCACCAGCGGACGAUAAAUACGGCCGACUCAAGACGGAGUUGAUUAAGCGGCUCUCGGAAUCCAGGGAGAAGAAAGUACACCAACUCCUCACCCAUGAGGAAUUAGGCGAUCGGAAGCCAUCGCAGUUCCUCAGGCACCUACAACACCUCGCCGGUCCUAAGGUACCCGACGAGUUUUUGCGGACAAUUUGGUCCAGCCGGCUACCGAGCAACAUCCAAUCAAUCAUAGCAUCCCAAUCAUCAUCGCCUCUGGAAGUUCUCGCUGAUCUCGCGGAUAAGAUCCACGACGUCGUGCCGAAGGGUCAGGUCGCGGCCGCAUCGUCCCAAGUAAGUGAUGUCCUCACCUUAACUAAACAGAUGACAGAACUGGUGAAACAAGUAGAGAUUCUAACACGAAAGGUCAAUGACCUUACCCGUCCAGGACGAUCGCGAUCGCGUUCAUCUUCCCGCCAUCGAUCUCAAUCGAGAUCCGACGUGCACCCUACGUGUUGGUACCACUACAAAUUCGGUAAAAAGGCUACUAAGUGCAACCAGCCGUGUAACUUCGAUUCGGAAAACCCCAAAAGCAGUCAGUAA